AUGAAUUUAAAAUCUCCCAAAAAAAGCAUUGUGACUUUUUCCUCUCUUUCUUUUUUUCCUCCUUUUUCCUCUCUUUCUUUUUUUCCUCCUUUUUCCUCUCUUUCUUUUUUCCUCCUUUUUCCUCUCUUUCUUUUUUCCUCCUUUUCCUCUUUCUUUUUUCCUUUUUCCUCCUUUUUUUCUCCUUUUCUUUUUUUUUUCCUCCUUUUUCCUCUUUUUCUUUUUCCUCCUUUUUUUUUCCUCCUUUUCUCUUUCUUUUUUCCUCCUUUUCCUCUCUUUCUUUUUUCCUCCCUUUUUCCUCUCUUUCUUUUUUUUCCUCUUUCCUCUUUUUUUUCCUCCCUUUUCCUCUCUUUCUUUUUUCCUCCCCUUUUCCUCUUUCUUUCUUUCUUUUUUUCCUCCUUUUCCUUUUUCUCUUUUUUCCUCUUUUUCUUUUUUCUUUUUUCCUCUUCUUUUUUUUUUCCUCUCUUUCUUUUUUCCUCCUUUUUUCCUCUCUUUUUUCUCCCUUUUCCUCCUUUUUUCCUCUCUUUUUCUCUUUUUUUUUCCUCCUUUUCCUCUUUUUUUUUUUUCCUCCUUUUCCUCUUUCUUUUUUUCCUUUUCUCUUUUUUCCUUUUUUUCCUCCUCUUUCUUUUUUCCUCCUUUUCCUCUCUUUCUUUUUUCCUCCCUUUUCCUCUUUCUUUUUUCCUCCCUUUUCCUCUCUUUUUUUUUCCUCCCUUUUCCUCUCUUUCUUUUUUUCCUCCCUUUUCCUCUCUUUCUUUUUUUUCCUCCCUUUUCCUCUCUUUCUUUUUUUCCUUUUCCUCUCUUUCUUUUUUUCCUCCCUUUUCCUCUCUUUCUUUUUUCCUUUUCCUCUCUUUCUUUUUUCCUCCCUUUUCCUCUCUUCUUUUUUCUUUUUUCCUCUUUCUUUUUCCUCCUUUUUCUUUUUUUUCCUCCUUUUCCUCUCUUUCUUUUUUCCUCCCUUUUUCCUCUUUUUUUCUUUUUCCUUUUUCCUUUUUUCCUCCCUUUUCCUUUUCUUUUUUCCUCCUUUCUUUUUUUUUUUCCUUUUCCUCUCUUUUUUUCCUUUUCCUCUUUCUUUUUUCCUCCUUUUUUCUUUCUUUUUUCCUCCUUUUCCUCUCUUUCUUUUUUCCUUUUCCUCUCUUUCUUUUUCCUCCUUUUCCUUCUUUUUUUCCUCCUUUUCUCUCUCUUUUUCCUUUUUUCCUCUUUCUUUUUUCCUCCUUAGAUUUCUUUUUCCCUUUUUCCUCUUUUCUUUUUUCCUCCCUUUUCCUCUUUCUUUUUUUCCUCCCUUUUCCUCUCUUUCUUUUUUCCUUCCUUUUCCUCUCCUUUUUUUCCUUUUCCUCUCUUUCUUUUUUUCCUCUUUUUCCUCCUUUUUCUUUUUUUCCUCCCUUUUUCUUUCUUUUUUCCUCUCUUUCUUUUUCCUCCUUUUCCUCUUUCUUUUUUCCUCCUUUUUUUUCUUUUUUUCCUCCCUUUUCCUCCCUUUCUUUUUUUUUCCUCCUUUUUUUUCUUUUUUCCUCCCUUUCUACCUCCAAUUUUGAAAAUUUUUUUUUUUUUUUUUUUUUUUUUUUGCUAACUACAAGCUCACUCUCUCUUGUGAUAUGCACAGUAUUAAUUAAAUUUCUUGUGUACAUAAAAUAA